CGCUGGGAGGUGGUUUUACCGCAGUGGAGGGGCGGGGUGGGGGCGGGUGGGAGCGCGGAAGAGGCUCUGGCUUGUAUACUUCGUCAAAGGCACGCUGGGGGGAGGGGAGCUCGGAAUGCGCUCUCCAUCCAUUAGGAGACAAAGAGCAAAUUGCCUUACUUAAAGUAAAACGCUCCGGCUAGUGAAGGUGCUCUCCGCUGCCUGCCACGGCUUCCAGGUAGGACAUGCAGGUUGUCCUGGCAGGUGCGUCUGUGCAGCUGGGAAGCAGAAGCCUCAUCUGAAAAUGGAAAGAUAAGACGAGGUCCGGCCUGUGUGACAGAACGCUGUGCCUGCUCUGGCCGGGGAGCCCUAGUCCCGGAGAUGGAUCGCACUCGUGAGGCCGAGGUGGAGCUGAGAAGGGGGCCCGAGCCACGGGCCAGCAGAGGCCCCGAGAUGGAUGGAGAGGCCCUGAGCCAUAGCUGCUGCAUCUGUGGCAAGAGCUUCCCCUUCCAGAGCUCCCUGUCCCAGCACAUGCGCAAGCACACGGGGGAGAAGCCCUACAAGUGUCCCUACUGUGACCACAGGGCUUCCCAGAAGGGCAACCUCAAGAUCCAUAUCCGCAGCCACCGCACGGGCUCCCUGAUCCAGGGCCGCGAGCCGAGGCUGGGGAGCUGCGCGUGUCCGAGGGCCCUGGACGGCUUGCACCAGCCCACCAAGAGCACCUCCGCCUGCAACAAGAUCCUCAAUGGGGCCGCCCCGGUGGACGACAGCAAGAUCCUGCUGCGCAGCAGCAAGAAGGAGGCAGGGGGCCGCUGCGCCCCGGUCGAGGGCAAGGCGGCCACCCAGUGCUCCUUCUGCAAGUGCAAGUUUGAGCGCAAGAAGGACCUGGAGCAGCACGUGCACCAGGCCCACAAGCCCUUCCGGUGCCGGCUGUGCAGCUACAUGACGCUGCGGGAGGAGUCCCUGCUGAGCCACAUUGAGAAGGACCACAUCACCGCGCAGGUGCCCAGUGGGGCCGAGGCCUACGUGGAGAACGGCAAGCCUGAGCUGCCCCCCGGGGAGUUCCCCUGCGAGGUGUGCGGCCAGGCCUUCAGCCAGACCUGGUUCCUGAAGGCUCACAUGAAGAAGCACAGGGGCUCCUUUGACCACGGCUGCCACAUCUGUGGCCGGAGAUUCAAGGAGCCGUGGUUCCUCAAGAACCACAUGAAGGCGCACGGGCCCAAGACCGGGAGCAAGAACAAACCCAGGAGCGAGCCGGACCCCAUCGCCACCAUCAACAACGUGGUGCAGGAGGAGAUGAUCGUGGCUGGCCUGUCCCUCUACGAAGUCUGCACCAAGUGCGGGAACCUGUUCACUAACCUGGACAGCUUGAACGCGCACAACGCCAUCCACCGCAGGGUGGAAGCCGGACGCUUGCGGGCCCUGGCCGGGGAGGGCUCGGUGCAGGGCGGCGCCCCGGACUCCCAGCAGCUCUUCCUUCGGUGCCUCAACCUGCGGCCUGCGCUGGCCGGGGCGCCCGCCCGCGGGCAGGCGGGGCGGCGCGUGGCCGAGCUGGACCCGGUCAACAGCUACCAGGCCUGGCAGCUGGCCACGCGGGGCAAGGUGGCCGAGCCGGCCGAGUACCUCAAGUACGGGGCGUGGGACGAGGUGCUGGCCGGGGACGUGGCCUUCGACAAGGAGCGGCGCGAGUACAUCCUGGUGAGCCAGGAGAAGCGCAAGCGCGAGCCGGAGCCGGGCGCACAGGGGCCCCCGCGCAAGCGCGCGGGUGUGCCCGGGGACCCCCUGCCCGGGCCCCUGGACCCCAGGCCGGCCGCCCGCCCCAGUCGCCGCGCCGCCGCGCCCGCGGGCCACGGCAAGUCGUCCGAGUGCUUCGAGUGCGGCAAGAUCUUCCGCACGUACCACCAGAUGGUCCUGCACUCGCGGGUGCACCGCCGCGCGCGCCGAGACCGCCACGGCCCCGGGGAGCGCGCGCCCCGUGCGCGCUGCGGCUCGCUCAGCGAGGGCGACUCGGCCUCGCAGCCCAGCAGCCCGGGCUCAGCUUGCGGGGCCGCCGCUGACUCCCCGGGCUCCGGCCUGGCUGACGAGGCUGCGGACGAGAGCGGAGAGGACGGGGCGGCGGACCCUGCGGCAGGGGGAAAGCCUCUCCACUUCCGCUUUUCUGAAGAGGCAGCCUCGACCGCGCUCGCCAGCGGAGACCAGGGUUGCGCGCCCGGGACUGCCACAUCACACACGGACACCGGGGAGCCCGGAGUGGGGAGCGCAGCCUCUGCGUCCGCACUCGGAAACAGGAGCCGAGACGCUUCCAAGAGAGCAGAGCAGCCCCGGUUUUCCGUGGGCGUCAAAAUGCCGGCGUUUCACCCGAAGCAGGAGGUUGUGGUCUCCAGGGACGCCGCCGACUUCCCUUCACGUUCAGAUCAGACUUUCCCCGAAGGAGCCGACCUGCCGCUCCUGUCCGCGAGCCCGGCUCAGCCCCUGAAGGAGAAGCCGUCUGAUUUGCACAUGAAGGAGCACACUGCAGGGGGCCGGAGGGUGCCCGCCCCAGACCUGGCCCCCCUGGACCUCAGCGAGAGGUCUAGCCGGGACGACCCCAGCCACAAGGAGCUGGCCUCGUCCCUGCAGGCUGCGCUGGCCGUUCACCCGUGUCCUUACUGCAACCACAAGACCUACUACCCAGAGGUCCUGUGGAUGCACGAGCGUGUCUGGCACAGGGUCAGCUGCAGCUCCGUGGCCCCCCAGUGGAUCCAGCCCAACGGCUACAGGAGCAUCAGGAACAACUUGGUUUUCCUUGCCCGGAGUGGACGCACGGGCCCCCCGCCUGCCCUCGGGGGCAAAGAGUGCCAGCCACUGCCCAUUGCCCGGUUCACACGCACUCAGGUGCCAGGUGGGGCGCCGGGGCCCAAAGGCAGCCCCUCGCCCCUGGGCAUGGCCACGAAAGCUGCCAGCCUGCCUAAGAGCAAGGACAGCCACUCUGGGGGCCCUUGUGCGCUUUGGGUGGCCAGCCCCGAUGGGCCCCGACAGGCCAAAGCCGGCCACGCCCCUGAGCCACACGGCGCCCCAGCGCAGCCGUCCCUGCCGAAGCCCAGGCAGGAGGCCGGCCCGAGAGCGGGGCCCGUGGCAGGCGGCGGUGGCUUCAGCCGAUGUGCCACCCCCACGCCCUCCGUCAUCGCCCGAGCAGGAGCCCAGCCCCCCACAGGUGGCAGGCCGGGGGACACGUAUGUCAUCCCUCCCACGGGGUCCAGCCUCGGCCCCCCACAGAAGCACAGUGCCCCGGACCUUCCGAAAGCCAAAUUCAGCCCUCAGCCUCAGGGUCCGCCGCACGGGAAAGGCGACGGGGGCCCCCCUCUACCUCCCCGUGAGCCCCCCUCCAAGGCUGGCCUGGAGCUGCGGCCGCCCACCAGCUGCGGAGCGGGCCCCAGGGGGAGCGCGGCCGUGCAGGCCGGCAAGCCGGAGCCUGCAUCGGACGGCCGCGAGAAACGCCUGGACAUCCUCAGUGUCUUUAAGACGUACAUUCCAAAGGACUUCGCUUCUCUCUACCAGAGCUGGGGUGCCAGUGGCCCUGCACUUGAGCACAGAGGACGUUUUCCUUUCGCCCCUGACGCUCCCCACCUGCACACCACCCACGGCCACUACCGCCCAGGGCCGCCCUGGACGCAGGCCCGCCUAGGAGACACCUUGUGUGUGGUGCGUGGGAAGCACUUGCACCAGCCCACAUGUGCACGCGUGCCCACACAGGUACCCCGCCCACCGCUGAGCCUGGGCCAGCCGCGGACCAGGGGGGUGCUGGGGAGCUGAGCCGCCUCUGCCUGGGCUGCAUCCCCAGCCACGGGCUUGUGAGUCCCCAAGAGGCACUGCACCCCAGACUCCUCCAGCCCCCAGAGUGGUCUUCCCUGCGCAUCCGAGGGGCGUGUGCUUCAAUUUGAGAUAAGCCUGUUUGCAAAUGCCCCAUUUUAAUUAGGGUCAAGUCCUCAGCAGCAGAUAUGCUAAUGAGCCCUGCAGCCCCCAGAGCGUGCCCCAGUCACCAUGCUCCAUCUGCGUGACAUGUGCUGCGGGGGCUGUUCUCGUGGACGCUGACUGGCCGUGGCACGGUGUCCCCAGGGCCCCCCACACUGGUCUGUGCCAGUGGCAGAAGCUCUUGGCCUGUGUGUGCCGAGCUUGCCCGCGAUGGUGCAGGCCGAGAGUCCUGCAUGGGGAGCUGGGUGGCACGGGCAGAGCGACAGAGGCCACACGGUGAGUAACGCAGGAGGAGGGUCCCAGCAUACAGACGCGGUAAUUAAUGCCGCCAGCGACGGUUUUCUUCAGCAGCGGGGUCUGAAGUAGAAAGAGCCGUGGUCCUGGGCAGCUCCCCCCACCCCAUCCCUUACAGUAAGUGUGGGUGGAAAUUGGUAUUUUCCGGCCACGGGCUAGGUGCUGGCAUCUUUUUUGUGCAAGUGCUUUGUCUGUAAUGGCCUUGCUUGGCACGGUGUUGUGUUGGGGCUGGCUUGCGCCUGCACUGGCGCACCCCGUGUUCCCACAGUGGUGCUGGAGUCAUGACCCCCAGGUGCUGAACGAACCCACGCCCCUGAACAAGCAGGUCUUCCGGUUAACCGGACGUCGGGCUUUAAUGUGGCUGCUGGGAAGAGGCGUGCCGUGGCGCUCAGCACGACAGCCCCUGGCGGUUUUCCUUUCCCCAGAAGCGUACAGAACUGCAUUGCUUUGGUGGGGAGCUGGCCCCUCAGGUCAGUCUGGGGCAGUCGACAAAGCCCAUGGCCGUCGUGGCCCUGAGCGACAAGGAUGUGGCGGGCAGGUGUGCGCAGCGCUCUUGGUCCUGCUGGAGGUCCGCGCAUGGCCGUGCCUCCCCUGCCAGACGCUCCUGCCCCCCCACCCGGGCUGUUUUCGCACAGGUUUGUUCGGGACGAGUUCUGCCCUCUUCUUUGUCCUGGCGCGUUGGUCCUCCUCCGUGAGACGCACCAGGCGGGCUGUGGCGCAAACGGCUGUGUCUGCGCCAGGAUCUGGUUCCCUGCCUGACACACUCGCUGGCACAGCCACCGUGCACGGGCACCGUGGGCACGCACGCCUGAUGUGUGUGGCCUGGUGCGUGUGGCCUGCGUGUGUUCACCGCUCGGUGUCCCCGUGGUGUGCCGCGCCAUUGGAGGGGUUCAGUGCGAGCUCCUGUCGCGGGACACGCACCGUCCUCAGUGGCCUAGCAGGUCGUCCUGGGCUAAGGGCUCUCCCCGCUCCUGUCCCCUCACAGAACAUCCCUGUGCCCUCUCCUCCCACGGGCACUUUCCGCUGACAUUCUCGCUUCCUGACGGGAUUCUGUAGCUGCUCGCUGUGCCCUUUGUAAAGGGAGCGGUGUCUCUGCGGCCAGGGCAACUGUCCAGGCCCCAUCGCGGGUCAGCGCACGCUCAUGGGUCCCAUCCAACCAGCGUAACCGUCCGCGGGAUUCUUGGCUGCCGAGGGUGGGGACGGUGACGGCGGCCUCCCGCUGUGUCUCUCGAGAAGGGAAGCUUCGCUGCGAAGCUGUCAGGGGAGCGGCCACUGCCACACAGGGCGGACUUCGCCCGGAGCGGCCUGUCCUGCACUAGCUGCUUGUGUCUUACUGCGAUUUUAGAACGUCUGCCGGUUGCUAAAAAGCCUGUUCUUCAUGUCACCGACUGAACGCCCGGUUGUCGGUUGUGUGGUAGCGUUUUCCAGUCAGUGGUUUCUGUCUGUCCAUGAAACCGGCUGUUUUAGCGUAGAAAGAAGUUACUUGGUGGUGCUGUGACCUUUUCGGACGUAAGUAAUGUCUCUCCAGAUGCGGAGUUAACAGAUCUCUGCCCAGACGUGGCCUCAGCUGGGGUUCGCGGGUCCUACGGGCUUAGACGCCCUUGUGGCGGACUCGCCGCAGCGGGUUUGCGGGACGUGGUAACGCGGUUGCGCUGGGGCUGGAGAGUGCGCUGGAGGUUACAGCUGGCGUCAGGGCAGAGUGUCCGUGGCCCACAGGCGACCCGUUGCAUCUCCCUAGGGCGUGGCUUUCCGCCGAGAGUGUUGGGUGAUGCGCGACGCCCGGCGGACCCACCAGGAGCUCGGCGAGGUUCUUUGGGGUCGCGCGUCCGGUGUUGGUGCCGCGCUCCUUCCGCUCCACCUCCUGUCACAGGGUGUCCCUGUCGCAGGGACAAGCAGGUCAGCGAGCCUCGUCACAGGCUGUGUCUUCCGCUAUGUCUUUGUUACGGUACUUACGUUGGGGUUUCGUAACAGUUGGUACCCAUGCUGGACUAUGACCGAGAAAGGAUGCGUUUAUGUUUCUCUGGGCCUGUGGACUCAAGUUCUGCAGUUUUGUACUUAACCGACUGACCUGUGGGCUUCCUGUCCGCAGGGAUGCACGUUACGUGCUCUAAGCUGCCGUUCCCUCUCAGAGCCGGGCCCUCCGUGGGUCAGCUGUCCUUUGGUCCAGCCGUGGGACACACUCGCUCAGGCUUCCGAUCCUGACGUUGUGCUGGAUUACCUGCCCCUCCCACUGGAGCUGCUGGUUUGCUUAAUUCCUAGGUGGAGGUCAUGGCCCCUGGUCCAACUUCUUGUCCUUUGUUACAUUUAAAGUAGCCUUUUUUUUUUUUUUUUUUAAGUUUUAUUUAUUUGAGAGAGCGAGCAAGGUCCGCUUUUGAACUGUUGAGACCUUGGGGUC